AUGUCUGCAUUCCGCGACCAGAGCCGGCGCCAGGACGCCUAUAAAGCCAAGGGUGCCUUUAAGCAGGAUGAGCUUCGUCGCCGCCGUGAGGAGGCGCAGGUCGAGAUCCGCCGGCAGAAGCGUGAAGAGAGCAUGGCCAAGCGCCGCAACCUGAACCUACAGCAGGUCUCCGAUGCGCCCGACUCGGACGAGGAGGACGAGGUGAACGACGACCUGGACAUGCAGAUUACAUCGCAGCUCCCCCAGAUGGUGCAAGGCGUGCAGAGCGACAACCUCGAUCUGCAGCUCGAAGCGACGACCAAGUUCCGCAAGCUCCUCUCGAAAGAGAAGAACCCCCCCAUCGACCGUGUGAUUUCGUGUGGUGUCGUGCCGCGUUUUGUCGAGUUCCUGCGCAGCCCCCACAGCAUGAUCCAGUUCGAGGCGGCAUGGGCGCUGACCAACAUUGCGUCCGGCACGUCCGAGCACACUCAGGUCGUGAUCAACUGCGGCGCGGUGCCUAUCUUUAUCGAGCUCCUCUCCUCGCCGGUCCUCGACGUGCGUGAGCAGGCGGUGUGGGCGCUCGGCAACAUUGCGGGUGACUCGACCAAGUGCCGCGACUUUGUGCUCCAGCAAGGCGCGAUGCGCUCGCUCCUCGAGCUCCUCAGCGAGGACCACAAGGUGAGCAUGCUGCGCAAUGCGACGUGGACGCUGAGCAACCUGUGCCGCGGCAAGAACCCUCAGCCGAGCUGGGAGUUGGUCGCGCCUGCGCUGCCCACGCUCACCAAGCUCGUCUACGCAAUGGACGAUGAGAUUCUGAUCGACGCGUGCUGGGCGAUCUCCUACCUCUCCGACGGUGCCAACGAAAAGAUCCAGGCGGUGAUCGAGAGCGGCGUGUGCCGCCGUCUGGUCGACCUGCUCAUGCACCCCUCGACCGCGGUGCAGACGCCCGCUCUGCGCUCCGUCGGCAACAUUGUCACCGGUGACGACAUGCAGACGCAGGUCAUUGUGGCGUCGGGUGCACUGACGCCGCUGCUCUCGCUGCUUUCCUCGCCCAAGGACGGCAUCAAGAAGGAGGCGUGCUGGACCAUUUCCAACAUCACUGCCGGUUCGCCGAACCAGAUCCAGUCGGUGAUUGACGCAAACAUCAUCCCGCCGCUGAUCCACAUCUUGAGCCACGCCGACUUUAAGACGAAGAAGGAGGCGUGCUGGGCGAUCAGCAAUGCGACGAGCGGCGGUCUGCAGCAGCCGCAGCAGAUCCGGUACCUCGUCUCGCAGGGCUGCAUCAAGCCGCUGUGCGACCUGCUCAAGUGCAUGGACAACAAGAUCAUCCAGGUCGCCCUCGACGGCCUCGAGAACAUCCUCAAGAUCGGCGAGCAGGACAAGGAGGCGAUGGGCCCUGGCUCCUCGAACCAGUACGCUCUGUACAUUGAAGAGUGCGGCGGCAUGGUCAGCAUCCAUGCGCUGCAGAACCACGAAAACUUUGACAUCUACAAGAAGUGCUUCCACAUCAUGGACAAGUACUUCCCGGAGGAUGACGUCCAGGAGGACACGGGCAUCGAUGCGCCGCAGGUCAACGAGGCGGGCGCGUUCGCGUUCCCGUCCAACAUGGCCGCGCCCCAGGCAGGAUUCCAGUUCGGGCCCGCGCCGGGCGGCCAGGACAUGCAGUCCUAA